CGAAUCCUUCUCAACUGAACAUUCCAAGACGCGUGCAGGAAAAGCAGCUCCAGCUUCAGCUGAUGCGCGUCAACGCGCGCGCACCCCUGCAGCCGCGGAGCGAAGAGAAACAACUACAAACAACUAAAUACACACACUGAACUCUGAAUGUGGACGUGAAUCUCUCCUUUAACCAAUGAUGGCAGUUCAGGCUGGUUUGCAGGCUUGCUUCGGCGAGAAGUUUGAUGUCCCGUUACAGAGUCCUCGCAGCCUGCGCUCUCCCCGGCCCGGCCCGGGUCUGGCUGAUGUGUUCCAGUAUGACCAGUGGUUGGCCGUGCGGCACGAAGCCACGCUGGUGCCCAUGCAGGAGGAUCUGGCCAUCUGGCUGAGCGGCAUGCUGGGUGAGCAGGUGACACCCGAAUGCUUCAUGGAGGAGCUGGACAACGGUGUUAAACUGUGUCGUUUGGUUGGAAUUCUUCAGAGUAAAAUCCCACAGGAUUCGGAAACACAGCUGCUGUCAAAGAAAAUCCAGUUCAAGAAAAACGCCUCCCCUGGAUCAUUUUUCUCUCGGGACAACACAGCGAAUUUUCUGUCCUGGUGUCGUCACAUAGGAGUGGACGAGACAUAUCUGUUUGAGUCUGAGGGUUUGGUCCUGCAUAAAGAGCCGCGGCAGGUGUGUCUGUGUCUUCUGGAGAUCGGGCGGAUCGUCUCCAGGUAUGGGAUAGAACCUCCGGUUUUGGUUAAACUGGAGAAGGAAAUUGAACUGGAGGAAAGUCUAAUGAUGACGGAUCACGUGUCUCCAGUAAAAACAUUCACUGUGUGCUGUCAGCACGGAGCCCUGUAUCACGCCGAUCGUGCGGACCAGGAUGACCCUCCAUGUAACUGCACACAGAAGUUUUCCAUCGAGUAUCUGUCUGAGGGACGCUACAGGCUCGGAGAAAAGAUCCUGUUCAUCAGGAUGCUCCAUGGCAAGCACGUGAUGGUGCGUGUCGGUGGAGGUUGGGACACUCUGAAAGGGUUUCUGAUGAAAUACGACCCUGACCGCGUGCUGCAGUUCACCACUCUGGAGCAGAAGAUUCUAGCCUAUCAGAAAGGCCCGUCCGGCUCGGGCCCCGCCCACAGCUUGCAGGCCACACAGCCGCCCACAAUGGACCCCAUCGCAGCCGUUAACCUCCUCCCAGAAUCAUCAUCUUCAUCGUCAUCCUCCACAACAUCUGUGUCCAAACCCAACACGCCUACACCCGCGUCCCGUGGUUUCACCCAGUCGCCCGCUUCCACGCCCUCAGUGCCUCACAGAGCCGCGGCACCCAAGAAGAUUUUUCACACGCCUACCGCUUCACCGAAAAUGACCCCUCUUUCAUCACCCGUCCCGAAAAGAAGCCCGCUUCCCCAGUCAACCCAAAAAGCCCCUUCCGCUGCAUCCAAGACCAAACUGCGUCCGCGUGGAUCUCCGUCUCAGCCUCGCAGUCCCGUCUGUCCCGAACCCACCUGCAAGCUGCCUAAACCUUCAGCCCCACCGACAUGUGUGCAGAAACCGGCCCGCCGUGACGCACGCCCGCCUGCUGUACCCAUCCGCUCGCAGCUCGCCCAAAGACGCCCUCCUUCCCCUGCCUCCGCCCUGCACAUAGGGUCCAGGGAGGGCCGUCCCAUUUCCCCUCGCUUGGUUUCAAAUAACCCCAAACAGACGAUUCCUCUCGCAAAACCUUGCAAGAGUAAAUCUGUAGAGCAGAACACAGCUGCUACACGAACCGUUGUGUCUGUCAACGCUAAAACAACCCUCAGGAAACCUCUGGUCAGCAGUAACCCUCCCGUCCAGACACCCGCUGUGAGCAGCACUACUAAACCAGCGCCCAACAGCACUACCCACAAAUACACGGCACGGACUAAACCCAGCAAACGUGACGAACCCUAUUUUGAGAUGAACAAUAAGAGAAGGGUAAAGAACUAAGAAGGCUGGGAUAUGUAGCGUCACGCUUCACAUACGGAUUUAUUCAGAUGCCAUAAUUAAUUUAAAGUGAUAACGAGGCUGUGAUGUGAUUGUUGUAUUUUUUUAAAUGUUGAAAGUACAUUUUUAAGAUAGGCUAUAUAUCUAGCCAAACUAUGAAAAUGAGACUUUUAAUUCAAAACAACCUUUUAAACGUAAUGCACAUCUGUGUUUGACAGCCUCAUCAUUUUCAUUUACGUUAAGUUAAUUAUGACAUCAUCUGUUUGUUUGUUUGCUUUGCAUCUGUCAAAACUUCUCCGGCUUUCAUUUGUGCUGGGAUAUAUAGAGGGUCAUAUACAAAUGUGUUCAGAUGCUAUAUUUAAUUUAAUUUAAAUAAAACGAAGCUGUGACGUGUGCAGUCCAUUUAAUUGGGUGUCUGUUGUAAACAUUGCAAAUACGUUUCUAGUGGCCGAGCUAUUUAAAUUAGGUUUUUAAUUCAGUACAAUUAAAUGUAUUGCACAUCUGUCUUUAACAGCCUCUUUGUUCAUUUAAAUUAAAUUAAAUUUGCCAUAAUCUGUUUGUUUUCUUGGCAUCUGUCAAAAUGUUCAUCUCAAGCUUUCAUUUGUGCCAUACAAAAAAUCAUCAGGUUAUGCCUCGGAUACAUUUUACACAAAUUAUCACGUUUUUUAAUUCUUCUUUAGCUACUGUAAUUAUCAUUAUUUUAGCUAAGAGUUUAGGAAGCAUUUAUAGGUUUAGUUUAAGUGUUUGAAAUUAUGCACGGUUAUGCAAAACUCAUAUCAUCAUCUUUUUUGUUUAAUAUCCGUUACUUUUUUAUGUGAUCUGAUUUGACUCCUGAUUGGGUUAUAAAUGUAUUAGUAUUACUUAUUGACACCGUAAAUCAUUUAUUCACUGUAUGUCAAUGUAUUCUGAGCUCAUAAGAAACACUAGAAGAGUGUUGGAAAGGUAAAGCGGUAAGUGUGUGUGUGUGUGUUUAAACUAAUGUCUGUCUUUAUGUAUAAUGUGCUGUGGGGCACACAUGCAAAGGUCUGCUGUUCUGUAUCCACUUCAUAUUUCCAUUGAGAGCACUGUAACUGUAUUACAUAAGAGACAUAUGUAGAUGAAUCCACUUUUGUUGUCCGACACCCCAUAAUAUGCAGAAACACCCUCUCUAUGGCAACCAAAGUGAAAUUCAUGUUUGAAUCUUGUAUUGCAUCAUUUUAGAGCACAUUUUAAAAACUAUUUUAGAGUAUUUAGGGUUUUCGACGUGCCUUAAAUUUGUUUGUUGAAAUAUAGGUGUAGUUUAUUAUCAAACGCACUUGAAGAACUGUGUUUAGUCAGGAUGGUUAGUUUGGCAGGUAUUGCAGUUUAAUUUGUAUGUUUUAAGUUGGUCAGACAGCCAGCUGUUAUUAAAUGAAAUGCUACCUCCUUUACGCCACACGAAUACUACUGACUCAGUCAUGCCCAUAAACACCUGAGCUUUUAUUACACUGUCCAAGACGAUGCUAAAUAUUUACCAGUUUGUUCAAGAGUUACAGAAAGGUUAUUAUAAAUAUAAAUUUUACGUUUAAGGGUAAUCUCUUUUUUUCGGAUGUGGUUCUUUUAAUUAUAUAUUUGUGCGCCAGAUCGUGUGAGAGAGAUUCUUCCAGCACUUUAAGAAAAAGUUUGUUUUGAAUGUAGCUUGUUUUUGUUGUUUUGUUUGUUUGUGUCUUUGCAUUCUGUCAAAUAAAGAUCUAUACAGUGUA